AUGUACUACCGCAAUGCCCAAGCCGCCCUUGUCGUUUACGAUGUCACAAAGCCGUCGUCGCUGACAAAAGCGAAGCACUGGGUUGCUGAGCUGCAGCGCCAGGCUAGCCCCGGAAUCGUCAUCGCCCUUGUAGGAAACAAGCUGGACUUGACCAACGACGGUGGCGAUGCGUCAGGGGCUUCUGCCGCUCCUAGGGUUGAGUCUGAGUCGUCGGGACCGGAUGGAGAUGAGGCAGCUGGCGAGGAGGCCGAGGAGCAGGAUGCCACUUCCGGCGACGCUCGGAAAGUAUCGACCCGGGAAGCGAGUACAUACGCAGAGGAGGAGGGGCUGUUAUUCUUCGAGACUAGCGCGAAGACCGGGACCAAUGUUGUGGACGUUUUCACAGCCAUUGCCAACGCUAUCCCGGAGAGCAGUCUAAAGACUGGCCGGGGGGCAGCAGGAGCUGGACAGACGGCGCUAGGAGGCCGACCGGGAGAGGACUCUCGGGUGAAUCUGGGGGACCGAAGUGCUGCGACAGCCAAGGAGGGCUGUGCUUGUUGA